CCGCAGUUCGGCAACAUGCUGGCCGCGAUCCGCCGGAGCGGGGCUGCGUGGACGCGGGCGCUGCUGCUGCAGCUGCUCCUGGCGGGGCCCGGGGGCUGCCUGAGCCGCCAGGAGCUCUUUCCGUUCGGCCCGGGACACGGGGACCUGGAGCUGGAGGCUGGGGAUGACCAAGUCUCCCCAGCCCUGGAGCUGAGGCGGGCUCUCCGCUUCUUCGACAAAUCCGACAUCAACUCGGUCUACGUCACCACAAAUGGCAUUAUUGCCAUGAGUGAACCCCCGGCCAAAGAAUCCUCCCCUGGGCUCUUCCCACCGACCUUCGGAGUAGUUGCACCUUUCCUGGCGGACUUGGACACGACAGAUGGCUUUGGGAAGGUUUAUUACCGGGAAGACUUAUCCCCCUCUGUCACUCGGCUGGCAGCGGAGUGUGUCCAGAGAGGGUUCCCAGAAAUCUCUUUCCAGCCCAGUAGCGCGGUGGUUGUCACUUGGGAAUCCGUGGCCCCUUACCAAGGGCCCAGCAAGGACCCCGCCCAGGAAGGCAAGAGAAACACAUUCCAGGCUGUUCUGGCCUCCUCCGAUUCCAGCUCCUACGCCAUUUUCCUUUAUCCUGAAGACGGUCUGCAGUUCGACACGACAUUUUCAAAGAAGGAUGAGACCCAAGUUCCCGCUGUGGUUGCAUUCAGUCAAGGCGUACAAGGAUUUAUAUGGAAGAGCGACGGAGCUUAUAACAUAUUUGCCAACGACAGAGAAUCAAUUGGAAAUUUGGCCAAGAGCAGUAACUCCGGGCAGCAGGGCGUCUGGGUGUUUGAGAUCGGGAGCCCGGCCACGGCCAGUGGUGUAGUGCCCUCCGACGUGAGCCUCGGACUGGACGACGGAGCAGAAUAUGAUGAUGAAGAUUACGACUCGGUGACACAUCUGGGCCUAGAGGACAUGGGCACGACAUCCUUCCCCUAUGAGGCUCCGAGAAGCGGAGACCCCAGCAUGCACAGCGUGCCCUGGGUCCUCUCCCCGCGCCGCCUGCCCACCGAGAGACCCCCUGGACCUCCCGGACCUCCUACGGAGAGGACCAGAUCUUUCCAGCUGCCGGGGGAGAGGUUUCACCAGCAGCACCCACAGGUCAUAGACGUGGAUGAAGUUGAGGAAACAGGAGUGGUAUUCAGCUACAACACGGAUUCCCGCCAGACGUGUGCCAACAACAGACACCAGUGCUCUGUGCACGCGGAAUGCAGGGACUUCGCCACGGGCUUCUGCUGCAGCUGCGUUGCUGGCUACACUGGGAACGGCCGACAGUGUGUCGCAGAAGGUUCCCCGCAGCGAGUUAACGGCAAGGUGAAAGGAAGGAUUUUGGUGGGGAACAGCCCGGUGCCCAUUGUCUUCGAGAACACCGACCUCCACUCUUACGUGGUGAUGAACCACGGGCGCUCGUACACAGCCAUCAGCACCAUUCCCGAGACCGUCGGCUAUUCUCUGCUUCCUCUGGCCCCUGUUGGAGGCAUCAUUGGAUGGAUGUUUGCGGUGGAACCAGAUGGAUUCAAGAAUGGGUUCAGCAUCACAGGAGGCGAGUUCACCCGCCAGGCCGAGGUGACUUUCGUGGGGCACCCGGGCAAGCUGGUCAUCAAGCAACGGUUCAGCGGCAUCGACGAGCACGGACACCUGACCAUCACCACGGAGCUGGAGGGCCGCGUGCCGCAGAUCCCCUUCGGCUCCUCGGUGCACAUUGAGCCCUACACAGAGCUCUACCACUACUCCCCCGGGGUGAUCACAUCCUCCUCCACCCGGGAGUACACCGUGAUGGAGCCUGAGCAAGAUGGCGCUGCCCCUUCCACCAUCUACACUUACCAGUGGCGCCAGACCAUCACCUUCCAGGAGUGCGCCCAUGACACCUCCCGGCCGGCCCUGCCCAACACCCAGCAGCUCUCAGUGGACAGUGUGUUCGUCCUGUACAACCAAGAGGAGAGCAUCUUGCGCUAUGCGCUCAGCAACUCCAUCGGUCCCGUGAAGGACGGCUCCCCCGAUGCCCUUCAGAAUCCUUGCUACAUCGGCACUCAUGGGUGCGACACCAACGCGGCCUGUCGCCCCGGCCCCGGGGUUCAGUUCGCCUGCGACUGUUCCAUCGGCUUCCGAGGGGACGGGAGGACCUGCUCCGAUAUCGAUGAAUGUUCAGAACAGCCCUCGGUGUGUGGGAGCCACGCGAUCUGCAAUAACCACCCGGGAACCUUCCGGCGAGUGUGUGGAGGCUAUCAGUUUUCAGAGGAGGGGACGUGGUGUGGCUGUCGUGGACAGCGCCCCAUCAACUACUGCACGACGGGCCUCCAUGACUGUGACAUUCCACAGCGGGCGCAGUGUAUCUACAUGGGAGGGUCCUCCUACACCUGCUCCUGUUUGCCGGGCUUCUCUGGGGACGGCCGAGCCUGCCAAGAUGUGGAUGAAUGCCAGCCAAGCCAUUCACCCUCCGAUGCCUUCUGCUACAAACACCCCGGAUCCUUCACAUGUCAGUGCAAACCCGGCUAUCGUGGAGACGGCUUCCAUUGUGUGCCUGGAGAAAUGGAGAAAACGCGGUGCCAGCUGGAGCGAGAACACAUCCUCGGGGCGGCGGGGGCAGCGGACCCACCACGGCCAGGUCUGUUCGUCCCCGAGUGUGACGAGCAUGGGCACUACGUGCCCACCCAGUGCCACGGCAGCACCGGCUACUGCUGGUGCGUGGAUCGCGACGGCCGUGAGCUGGAGGGCACCAGGACCAGGCCCGGGAUGAGGCCCCCCUGUCUGAGUACAGUGGCCCCCCCGAUUCACCACGGACCCUCUGUCCCCACUGCUGUGAUCCCUCUGCCACCUGGGACCCACUUACUCUUUGCUCAGACCGGGAAGAUAGAGCGCCUCCCCCUGGAAGGAAGCACCAUGCAGAAGUCAGAAGCCAAGACGCUGCUUCAUGCCCCGGAUAAAGUCAUCAUUGGCCUGGCCUUCGACUGUGUGGACAAGAUGGUUUACUGGACCGACAUCAGUGAGCCUUCCAUUGGGAGAGCCAGUCUGCAUGGCGGAGAGCCAACCACCAUCAUUCGGCAAGAUCUUGGAAGCCCAGAAGGCAUUGCCCUCGACCAUCUUGGCCGCAACAUUUUCUGGACUGAUUCUCACUUGGAUCGAAUAGAAGUUGCAAAGCUGGAUGGGACCCAGCGCCGGGUGCUGUUUGAGACUGACUUGGUGAAUCCCAGAGGCAUCGUAACGGAUUCCGUGAGAGGGAAUCUUUAUUGGACAGACUGGAACAGAGAAAGCCCCAAAAUCGAAACUUCCUAUAUGGAUGGCACAAACCGGAAGAUUCUGGUGCAGGAUGAUCUGGGCCUGCCCAACGGGCUUACAUUCGAUGCCUACUCGGCUCAGCUCUGCUGGGUGGACGCAGGCACCAGUCGGGUGGAGUGUCUGAAGCCCGGGCAGCCGAGCAGACGGAAGGUUCUCGAAGGGCUCCAGUAUCCUUUCGCUGUUACGAGCUACGGGAAGCAUCUGUAUUACACAGACUGGAAGAUGAGUUCUGUGGUUGCUGUAGAUCUUGCCAUUUCCAAAGAGACGGAUACCUUCCACCCCCACAAGCAGACCCGGCUGUACGGUGUCACCACGGCCCUGUCUCAGUGUCCCCAAGGUCACAACUACUGCUCGGUGAACAAUGGUGGCUGCACCCACCUCUGCUUGGCCACCCCCGGAAGUAGGACCUGCCGUUGCCCUGACAACACCCUGGGAGUUGACUGCAUCGAGCGGAAAUGAAGACAAGAAGGCCUCAUUCCCUCGGCAGGUACUCAGCGUCACCCUACUUGAAAGGGUCCAGACUGAAAACUGUCCGACCUGGUGGCGAUCAGGCCCAGGUCCUACCCAGCCUGAGCCCCGACAGUAUUCCCCUCACUGUUCCCCCAAAACAUAUGCCCCCGGCUUCUGGAAUGGGAAAGCCCCUUCCCCCUCCACAAAGACAGAAAACCCCGACUCCGGAUUAUGUGCCCAUCCCAGUGCUCUGGAAACUGUCCCCAGUUUAUCCCCCUGGUGAUGAGCAGGGCCCGCCCAGGCCUGAGCUGCCCCCUCCCCCUGUGGCCUUAUAAGCUCAGCCUCACUCUGACACACCCACCAUCCUGUUAACUACCCGACGCACCAGCCAGGGCCACCUGGGCAAGGCCGUGAAUGAAGGAGGGAGUUAACCCUCCCCCUCUUUUUUUCUCUUGGUGCUCUGAUUUCCCUCUUCAUGCUCCUGGCUUUUUACUCCCAAGUUCUAUACCACCUGCAUCCUGCCCAAGGCCCCCAUCAUAGUGAGCAAGCCCUGCCGUUUUGUUCAAAACCCACCUGGUCUUAGGGCCAUGUGGAUACGUAUGGUCGAUCAUCAGCAUUCCCUCCCAGAUAAGUUACUGGCAUUUCGGCAGCAGCCCUUGGUAGGCCAAGCCCUUCAAUCGAAGGAGUGUCCAGUGGUAGGAAUUUCAACACGUAGAGUUGGGUUUUGAGGACGAGGAUUCUUGGAUGUGCCUUAAAUUACACCAUUGGAUACCAAACGAUCCCCCUUUGCCCAAAGCACCUGGAUCCGAGCAUCUGGUCUCUUGAGCAGCAUGGCCCCACUGGGGGCUGGUGCCAGUGGUGACGGGUCUAUAGGCCUUCGUCUCCCACCUCCGCUGGUGAGAGCCAACCUACAGUCCGUCAGCAUGACCCCGUGUCUCCUUUGUUUCCCCUUCUGUUCAUGGCUCUUGCUGGCUGUGUUCCCACCUACAAGGGCCAGAGUGAGUAUUUAUAUUCCUGACCCAGACCCAUUAUUGCUCAUUGGUGUAAUUAAAGGGACCGUCGCCACAUUUCAUGUUUAUGUUUCUACAGUUUGUUUAGAAACAUCUCCUGGCCGUACGAGCAGCUAGUGUUAUCUUUUUAUCAGCUGCCGUCCCGAGGUGCAAAACAGUAGGAAUUUUGGAUUGAAAGUGGGGCAUCAGGAGAUGGAGUCUGUAAAGAUUGGGGUAAGGGCGCAGAGAAGGCUCAGGAGAAAGUGUCACAAAGAGGUUGGUCAGGAGCAGGAGUGGAAAACCCAAGAGGAAAGGGGAGAAGAAGGUAUUUAGCAACGGCAAGAAGAAAAACUCUCCAAAGAGAAAAUGGCACAUUUUGCCAAAGGACACCUUCGCUUGAGGACGUGGAAGAAUUCGUCUGUUUUUCUCCUUGGGGAAGAGGUCCUUCCCUUAUCUGCAAACCUCAGUACACUCAUCACCCCUCCAGCCCGUAUCCCCUCCUCACUUUGUCCUCAUGUGCUGCGGCAUCACAAUGGAGCCUGGACCGGGAACGAGCCUUGCCCUGAAUGAUUGGAGUUCCUUCUGAGAGCCAAACACAUUCCCGAGAAUCACGCAGUUUGGGGAACGUGCGGGUCUUUUAUCCAGCCCAGCCCCAUGAAUUAGUUUCACCUUUUUAUAUUUAUCAUUCCGUAUCAAGCCCUGUAUAUCAAAUGUUCGUCAUGAUUUUGUAUAAUUUUUAUAACUAUUUUAUUCAUUCUACUAGAUUCAUUCUAAAAGUUUUCAGACGGUCAAUUCUUAAACUGUGGAAACCACUGAAGGUGCUUAUUAACUGUUCCCCCCAGAUUUUUACAAGUAUUGGAUGAUUCCUUGAGUUUACAGUUGUAUAAAUAUCAGUGCAAAAAUAAAAUUUUUUUCA